UCGCAAAAACUAUUUCAUCAGACAUACUAUUAAAACAGCACACUUUACCAAGGCAAGACGAUGUACUGUGUCGUUUUAUGCCGGAAUAUCUGCCUGAAUAUGAACAUAAAUUUCGAUUAAUCAAUCAACAAAAUAUGAGAGUUUGUUAGUAGAACAGUGGGGGUACCCCCUCCCGCGCCCUCAUGACUCAUUAAUGCAGAGAAGCGCGAGCUUUCACACCCAUGGAAGCGCUGCACAUAUGCCUCUGCAUAUGGGCUUAUAAAUUAUAAUAGAGAGAGAGAGAGAGCGAUUGGACAGUUUCGCGUUGCUUUCGCAGUCAGAGUGAAAGUAUGACCCUCUCCAGUGCCCCACCCCAACGUAGAGGAAGUACCCCUCUGCCAAUCAAACACCAGCUCAGACGGGAGGAAGCUGUUAAUGAGGAUUGUGAUUGGACGCCGGGGCUGAGUGGGGCCUCCCCUUCUCCAAUCAGCUUCAGCCCUGCCGGGGAGGAGGCGGUUUUGCCCACGGGGCAAGAGGGGCCCCUUCGCAUUGCCCUGCUGGGGCAGAACGGGGUGGGAAAGUCUUCCCUCGCCAUCGCCCUCGCUGGGGAGUUCGACAGGACCGCAUCCAUCGACUCUGAGGGAGAGGGCUACGUUCGCACGGUCACCGUGGACGAUGAAGAGAGCACCAUCAUCAUCUACGACAACUGGAGACAGGACCUGUCGGCCUUGCGGUGCGAGGUGUGCGUCCUGGUGUUCUCGGUGACGGACAGGCGAAGUUUUCACCGAACCGCUCAGCUCCGCCUCCUCCUGAGGGAGACCCAGCCUCAAACUCCCAUCAUCCUCGUGGGCAACAAGAGCGACCUGGUCAGGACGAGGGAGGUCAGCACUGAGGAGGCCCACUCCAGCGCGGUGCUGUUUGACUGCCAGUACCUGGAGCUCUCCGCCUCGCUGGACCACCGCACCUCGGAGCUGCUGGAGGGGGCGGUGAGGGCCGCUCGGGGCCAGGCCUGGGGGCCCGGGGGGGCUGGGGGGGGCCCCGUGGACGACCGCAGGGAGAGCCUCACCACCAAGGCCAAACGGUUCCUCUCCAGCCUGGUGCCCCGCUACCCCAGGGAGAGGGAGCGGGAGCGGGAGGGGGGCAGGUUCUGCAGGCAGAAAUCACGCUCCUGCCACGAUCUCGGAGCUCUGUGACAGAGGGAGAGAGAGGGAGGGAGAGAGAGGGGGGGUGGGGG